AUGGAAAGAUUUUCUAUUGAAUCCAAAUUAGAAAUAUUACCCGAUGAAAUUUUACUGGAAAUUUGUCAAUACUUAUUAUGUGUAGAUAUUCUUCAAUCAUUCUAUGGAUUAAAUUCACGAAUGACACGUAUGAUUACAAAAUAUUGCCAUCAUGUUUCACUUCAUAAAGCAUCUAUUACACAAUCAUCUUACUUAUGUACAAACGUUCUUCCUCAAAUCGGUUCUCAUAUUCGAUCAUUACUCAUCGAUCGUUGUUAUUCAGUAAUGCAACAAGAAUUAUUUAUGGAACAUUUCAGCAAAAAUAUGUCAAUAAUAUUUCCUAAUUUAAAAAAAAUUUCUCUCGUUGGAUUUCAACAUGCACAUAUAAUGACUUUUUUUGAGAGUUUACAUGAUUUAAAUAAGCUCGUUGAAAUUCGUAUAUAUGAUCUUUUCGGUAUACAAGAAGAUCAUCAAACAACAGUUCUUCAAACAUUAUUACAAGCAAAUAAUAAUCUACUUACAUCAGUCUUAAUUAAUAAUGGAUCAAGUUGUUUGAAAUUUAAUGAUACAGAUUGUUAUGCAAAUAUUAUUCGACUUCGUAUAAAAAUAAAAACUAUCAUGGAAUUACCUUCUCUCUUUACUGCUCUUCCUUAUAUUCGUCAUUUAGAUGUUACACUUGGAGAAGAUGAAAACGAUGAUAUGAUGGGCGAUGAAAUAAAUGUUUGUUCUCUUCAUUAUCUUAUCGAUUUUCAAUUGAGAUCUACUAAACGUUGGUGGAGAUUAGAGGAAUUAUCAAGAAUUCUUGCUCAACUUCCUAAUGUACAAACAAUUUCACUUUUUCUUUGUGUAACUGAUUCACGUCUUGUACGUGGUAAUACACUUCUACCGUUACUUUCUUCUACUGUUCGACAAUUUCAUUAUGCUGUUUUCUAUGCUCCGGUAACAUCAUUUGAUGAAACUAAGACAAUAAUUACUUCCUGGCCAUCAUCACAUCCGAUAACUUGUUGUUCAAGUGAUGACUAUGGUUUUCUUCAUACGUUGCCUUGGUAUUUCAAAUGCAUGUCAUUUCCAACUUCAAUUGGUAAACUAAUGUCAUCUCAAACAAAUCGUGAGAUUGGUUACGAAACACGAGUGAAGAAGUUAGAAGUCAUCGUUGACAAGAAUUUAACUUUAGCUAUGUCAUUAUCAGUUAUUGCACAAUGUCAUCAGAUGAGACAACUUGUAAUUUUCGUUACAUCGGAUGAUAAUUCUGCCAAAGGUAUGUAUAAUGCACGAAAUAAGGUCGAACAAUAUCGAUCACCAUGUCUACCUACAUUAUAUCAGCUUACUCAAAUCUAUAUAUAUGCUUCGAUACCGGUUGAUUUUACUCAUCUUUUUUCGAUUUUCGUUGCUGCACCUAAUCUUCUUCGUUUGGAUUUGCCAUGUGAUUAUCUUAUUCAUUUACUUGAAAAUCAACAAAUACGUGAUUUACUUAAACAAAGUAUUAAAUCACUUGUUAUUCUAGAUGGAACUGCAUCAUCACUGAUAAAACUUAAUGAAGAACAUAUACAUUUCAUUGCUUCUACUCUUACUAAUCUUUGCGAUGUCUAUGCUGAUAUAAAGCAUUUAACGCCGAGUCCAAAAACAGAGUUAAAUGAAAUAACGACACCUUCUAUGGAAUCGAUGGUUAAAUGUUUAUUAUCAGAAUUUAAAACGCACAAACUAAUUUCAUUAGUUGUUGAUAUUCAACCUAAUGAAAAUAUCGUGACAAAUGCAAAACAAUGGUUACAAGAGAAUACAAUUCUUCAACAAGAACAAUUCAAUGCGGAUUUUAAUAGGGAAUUAAAACGAUUAGUUAUAUGGAUGUAA